AUGAGCAUGGAUAGCCCCUCGAGGAAAUCGACGUCGUCAUACGCAUCCUCUGGUGUCUCGCGCAAUUCUUCCCCGAGGAAACAGCUCCGCAACGCUAGCCUUCAGUCGACGGGCUUCCGCCAGGCCAGCUUUCCCGUUGAUGGUGCCCAGCUGCCCCCAUCGCUCCGAACGCUGUCCCAGGAUCUGAAACGUAUUCGCCGCGGUGUUGCGAUACUGCCAACGCGGCUUCGACACGAGCUUGCAGCCUUUCAGUUCCCAAUCGAUGCGUUUUCGGACAAUGAAGAAACUACCCGUCUGCGAUACCCCCCUAUCGAUUUUGUUGGCAGAAUCGAUAGACGGGCCGCUGAGUGCGACAUGGAUUGCGAGGGCGAGUCAUCGUGGAAUGCAGAUGUCCACGCGCCGCUUCUUGACUGGGUGCUGCGGCGAGAUCCAAAUGGUCUUCUUCUUGACUUUAGAUACUGCACCAACGCUGCGCUCAUCCCCCAAUACAAACCCAAGGAAGCCCCGGGUAAAAUGGUCGACUUUUGUCUCGCGAUCCGACCAAACAAAGAGGAACAGCGAGUCAUUGAUGAUCUCUGCCGAACGCGGCCGGACCUCUCCAUCAAUCAUACCGAGUGGGGAAAUCUAAGCAAGCAUCCCAUCGCAAUCUCCAUCGAGACCAAGCACCAAGGAGGAGAUUCCGCCGUCGCUUUGCUUCGGAUGGCCACUUGGCACUCGGCCCAGUGGCGAAGCCUACGCUUGGGGAACUCGGACGAGGAGAGGGCUCGGCUAGCCCUCCAAUUUCUGCCGGGCAUCAUCGUCCAGGGGCACGACUGGAAAUUUGUUGCCACGACACUCGGCGAAGACUUCAUGGCCACAACGUUUAAGUCUCUGUCCAUGGGCACCACGGAGUCCAUACCGGACAUCUACCAGCUGGCGGUGUCUCUGCAGCGGUUGAAAGUGUGGGCCGAGGAGGAGUAUUGGCCAGCGUUUAAAGCAACUAUACUUGGGUUCUGA